AUGAGACUGCAGGCGGCCAACUUCUGGAAGUACAAGAAGGAUGCAGGGUCGAAGAGGAUAGGUUCCUGGAGGUUCGAGGUCGGGGAGGAGGUCUUUGUCAUCCUUUACUCCGAUCGAGACACUGGGAGGGGACAUGUUGAGAGCUUCGAUGAGAGCGCCGAUAGAUCGUCCGCAGACUUCAAGUACAGGAUACGUUAUUUGACGGACCAACGGUAUGAUGUCCGCGUCUCGAGGCUUCUGCCUGUUGUUCAGGGGCAGAGGAUUGUUGUAUGCUCGGAGACUCAGGAUUUUCGCUACCUGUGCAGGACGCAGGUGAGGAAAAACGAUUCGGUUAUCGAGAUCGGCUGCAGCUACGGCAAGGGAACGAAGAUAUUAGCAGAACAAGCAGGAGAUUCCUGCGUAGUUGGGACAGAUCUCUCUACCGAGGCGUUGGAGGCCGCCAAGAAGGAGUGCAAUGUAGCAAACCUGCUCCGCCUUGAUGUAGUCUCCUGCACUGCCGAGGAGAAAGUGGAGAGGCUGAACUUCCUGAAUUCUCUUCUUCCUCAUCCAGCUCGUGUUGUCUUCCUCGACAUCGGAGGAAACCGCAGCGCUGACGACGUUGUUCAGCUCGUUCCUUUCCUACGGACAGUCAUCAGGCCCCAUCAAAUCAUCAUCAAAAACCGAGCAUUGUUUGCCGACCUUGCUAACACCUGCUCCAGUGGAAUGUCUGCCAUACAGGAUGUUCAAACCACCAUAUUCCAGCUGCCCACCAUGCCGAGUGAUACAACCUGA